AUGGAUACAAAUAAACAGGCUAAAGCAUCUCGGGCCGAAAUACAAUCUAUGGCUAAGACGAAUAUUUCCAAUAUGCCUAGAAACAUUAACAACACAAAUUAUGAAAACUUAUCUGUGGAAAUCUUUGAUAAAAUAGACAGCAAGGAAAAAAAUGGUCGUACAUUUAGUUUUAUCACAGAUUUUGUAUCACAGACUUUGGAUAGCAUUACGCCUCGAUGUGUGUACCCUUGCACCCGAGAAGCAUAUGAAAGAGAUCGCUGCUGUGAGACUGUAAUUCUAGAGCAGCCAAAUGUAUGUUGCGGGCCGCAGCAACCGCCAUUGAGACCACCAAUGAGACCACCAAUGGGACCACCAAUGGGACCACCAAUGGGACCGCCAGUGGGACCACCGAUAAGACCUCCACAGCCUUACUAUCCACCACCGCCAAGGCCGCCAAUACCUCCACCGCUGCCACCACCACCUCCUCCACCGCCACCUCCACCACCACCUCCACCUCCACCACCGCCACCACCACCCCAACUUCCAGUGCAGCCGCCGCAAGGAAACUGUUGUCCACAACAAUACCCACAACCAUAUCCUCCACAACAACCAUAUCCUCAACCCUACCCUCCUUAUCGUCCACCAUAUCCCCAACAACCUUCUCCCUACCCUCCAUAUCGCCCUCCUUUUCCACAGCAACCAUAUCCAACUAGAAGACCUCCUCCACCACCGCCAGCUCCCCCGAGGCCACAACCACCACCACCGCCACCUCCCCCCAGGCCACAACCACCACCAAUGGGCCCACCGCAGAGGCCUCCCAUUUUAGUACCUCCGGCGCCAACUGCAACGUACCCUCUCGUGCAAUGUUGCGUCAACUGCAAACCUUUUGGCCUUUUUGGUCCACCGCCCUGCAUUCGUUAUACCACAGCUAGAAUGGGAUAUGGGCGAAUUACUUUGUAUAUAGGAUGA